AUAAAUUUGAAAAUUCCACAAAAUGGGGAAAGUGACAGAUGAAGGAGUAAGAAGUUCAAUAAAUUCAAUUACGCUUUCGACGACUUUAUAUUUGCGUCCUCGUGCAAAGAAGUUUGAAUAUACAGCUGACUCAUUUUAAAUACGGAGUCGCAAUAUUUCUGUUUUGGGAUGAGAAAAACACUGGUCACGGCUUCACACACACAAUGCGCGCGCGCACGUCAAGGGACGCGUCACGCACACAUGCGUACCGUGACGUCACGCGAUUGGCUGCACGCUUCUUGAAGCGCGGACGUGCGAGAAGGACAGACAAAGAAAGAGAGAGAGAGGGGACGAUAAGGCUUGCGCUCUCGCGACGCUAUUUCUGUCACGUACGUACACACAUACACAACUGUAUAUAAAUACACACGUAUACGUUUACGUGCGCAGUAACGCGUCUCUGACAUCGAGUCGCAAUUAGUUUGGUAAAUUGGUGAAGCUCGCGAGGAAGGUCGAGUGCGAGGAAAACCUUAAAUAGGCGACGUUCAAUAGAUCUCGACAGUGACCGUGAUACUCCGUCAACAGUGACGACAAUGUUCGUGAUUAUGGAUUGUUUUCGUCAGUAGCGGACGCUACCCACCAAGUUAUUGUGUCUCUUCUCUCUAUCUUUCUCUCUCUCCAUCUGUCAUUGCUCCCGCUGAGGAUCUCUACGUCUCUCCGAGAGCAAAUCGGUGAAACCCGUCGUCGAAAGUCCUCGUUCGUGUGUGGGUUUUCGUGGCCACCUUCGCCGGAGACGAUAAUCGUAAAAAAAAUAAAAAGGCGAAGCGCCUUUGUCUCUCUCUUGUGAGUUCAUUGCGUUGUGUUUGUUGCCCUCGUCGUUUCGUGUCUCGCUCCCUCUUGUUGGAUCUUCGUGCGUUCUGUUUCUCUCGCUCCCUUUGAACGAAAAGUCUACAAGGACUCGCUCCUGGGCGUCCUUCUCUCCCUUUCGCGUUCACGGAACUCCGUUCUAGAACUCGAUCACCUUUCCUCAAAUCCUUGAUUAGCUAUCUGUAAUGUGCAAAUACAGUAAACAAGCCGGGGAGAUCACUACGUUGACGAUUAAUCUCGUGCACUCGAAGAGGAAAGGAAUCUUCAUACACAUAAAAGAGAUGCCCAACGACCUGAUAAGUCUUCGAAGUCGAAGAAGCUUUCUGACGUUUCGCCUGUACUGAAGAGCUUUGGUCGAUUGAUGAGACAACAAUCUGAGGAAAAUCGAUUCAAGAUUCGCUUGGACGGCGAGCAACUUGACAGGAGACCUCUCUCAGGAUCACGGAAUGUCAACAUUGUAAGAGGCAGGUUGACACCUGGUCUAGGAGGAUUAAACGCAACAAUUUCCAGCCCAGGGCUCGGUUGUUUGGAAUAAUCAGAGAAAUCGAGACUUACUGUCAUCAUGAAGUUGCUGGAGAAUACGCGCUUCGAAGCUUUAAACAGUGCCUUGUCAAUCAAGACCGGAGAUAGCAAGAUAAUUGCGAGGAUUGAAAGUUACUCUUGCAAAAUGGCAGGCAAUGAUAAACAGAUGUACAAACGAUUUAACUCGGAGGAGGGAGUCACUCCGCAUGAUUUGCAAGCUUUAUCACCGCCGCAGACAUUUCUGGGUACCUCUCCAGCUCAGGGAUACUUGAGUCGUAGCGUCUCCGGCGACGAAGAGGGAGCAAUUGCGCUGUGUGAUACUAUCAACAGAAGAACAUUGUUUUAUUUGACCACUACGUUAAAUUCAACUUUCAAUCAAGAUUACGAUUUCUCAGAUGCCAAAAGCGAAGAGUUUAGCAAAGAACCGAGUUUGCAGUGCGUAAAGAACGCGGUACAAAGCAAUCUCAGCGCCACUGCGAAUGAUCAUUAUCGGGAAUUGCAUGAUUCUCUUUGGACGGCUAUCGAUGAAGAGAUAGUGUUGAAGGAAUGUGAUAUCUAUAGUUAUAAUCCAGAUUUUGCAUCGGAUCCAUUUGGAGAAGAUGGAUGCUUGUGGUCCUUUAAUUACUUGUUCCACAAUAAAAAACUAAAACGUAUUGUAGUUUUCACGUGCAGGGCAGUAAACCCUCUCUAUGUAACAGACUCCGGAGUUGGUAGUGACUUCGCAAUGGAUGAGGAUGACGAGGAUUGUUAUUAAAUCAAACAUAUAUAAAUGGUUGCAAUCCAUACAAGUUCAUAAUUUUCUUUAGACGUAUAAUGGCAAAUGAGUACUCGUUUAUUCCCAACUCUACGUAACUUUGAAUCUACUACCCAUUAUAAUUUUUGUAAUAAGUUAGAACGCUUUGAAAUAUUGCAAGAGUUUAGAAUUUCUGUAAACUUAUUAAUAAGUCACUUUAUUGCAAAAGUUUUUAGAAGCUAAACAUCAUAUACUUUCACAUAGUUUAUUAAAUAAUAUUGAUAUUUAAUACUUUGUAACGAAAUCUCUUAUGAGAAAGAAUAAUUUUUUUUAUAAAAGAUAGAUAAAGAUUCAUAUAUCUCUUACAUAUACAAAUAUAUAUAUAUAUAUAUCUCUUUAUGUGAAGAAAAGAUUUUAUGAAUUUAUUAGAGCAAACUAAAGAUUCUCUCUUCUGGCUCUUUGUAAUGUGAUUACGUUAUCACUCUCGAUAUAAUGUAUUGUAAACAUAUAUUUUGAGAACAAAAUGUGUGUGCAUAAUAAAAUCCACUGUUAUAUAUAUAUAUACAUACAUAA